AUGACAAACAGUUCGUUUUUCUGUCCAGUUUACAGAGAUUUGGAGCCAUUCACAUAUUUUUUUUAUUUAAUUUUCCUUGUUGGAAUUAUUGGAAGUUGUUUUGCAACUUGGGAUUUUAUACAGAAAACUCCAAACCACAGAUGUGUAAGCAUAUACUUAAUUAAUCUUCUUAUGGCAGAUUUCCUGCUCAGUUUGGCACUACCAGUGAAAAUUAUUGUUGACUUGGGUGUGGCACCAUGGAAGCUGAGGAUAUUCCACUGCCAAGUCACAGCGUGCCUUAUCUAUAUCAAUAUGUACUUAUCGAUUAUAUUCUUAGCAUUUGUCAGCCUUGACAGCUAUCUUCAGCUGAUGCACAGCUGCAAGAUCUACCGGAUACAAGAGGCUGGAUUUGCCAAAAUGAUAUCAACUGUGGUGUGGCUUAUGGUCCUGCUUCUAACGGUCCCAAACAUGGUGAUUCCCACCAAAGACCUUAAGGAAAAGGCCAAUGUGGGGUGCAUGGAAUUUAAGAAGGAGUUUGGAAGAAACUGGCACUUGCUGACAAAUUUCAUAUGUAUAGCAAUAUUUUUAAAUUUCUCAACCAUCAUUUUAAUAUCCAACUACCUUGUAAUUCGACAACUCUACAGAAACAAAGAUAAUGAAAACUAUCCAAACGUGAAAAAAGCUCUCAUCAACAUAUUAUUAGUGACUACUGGCUACAUCAUUUGCUUUGUUCCUUACCACACUGUCCGAAUCCCAUACACUCUCAGUCAGAGAGAAGUCAUAUCUAACUGCGCGACCAGGAUUUCGCUAUUCAAAGCCAAGGAGGCCACUCUGCUCCUGGCUGUGUCGAACCUGUGUUUAGAUCCUAUUCUGUACUAUCAUUUCUCAAAAGCAUUCCACUUAAAGGUCACUGAGACUGUUGCUUCAUCUAAGGAGAUGAAGAAUCAGAAAGAAAAGUCAAGAUGUAAAAAUGAGGUAUAA